AUGUUCUUUACUGGCCUUGCGAAUCUAGUCGUCCUGCAGCCUGCGACGGCCAAGACGAUGAAGCAGCGCAAGGGUCAAGCGAAGCGAGACGGCAAAGACUACUACGCUGAGGGCCCUCACUCGGAAGAGAUGCAAAUCUUGAACAAGAAGUUUGGCAUGCUGCACGGCAUCUCGUCGUUGCUCAACCUCGCCACGUUUUUGGCGACUGUUGCAUACGGCUUCACCCUAGGUACUCGCAUCCAGUCCAUUGCCGACAGAAUCUGA